UCUCUCUCUCCCUCCCUCCACGGCCUCUGUGAAGCAACAACCUCUGACAACUUCUGGAGGACGUCUACACACUUAGUCCAUUGUUUUCAGUUACAGACAGAGCAUCGCAGGUAUGGUCAAGCAGGAGAAUCCCAAUGUGUACGUGGUGGACAGCCGUGCCACCCGGCCUCAUACACUGCCCAGGCUGGGCCAGAGGCAACGGCGAGCAGGGGUGGUGCAGACCCUGCUGUUCCUGCUGGUGAGCGUGGCGUUGUGUGGCAUGACCAUCGAAGCCUGCUUCAUCUACCGUCUCUACUUUCUCGAACCUGCUGCCUCAGCAUCGUUCUCCAAGCUCACUGGAGGUGAAGAUGUUACUUCUACCACUAAAUCGCCCAGUUAUGAUAUUCUUCCUUCCAAACCAGUCGCACAUCUGACAGAUGGAAAUGAUGUAGUUCAUGGACAGGAGAUCAUGGAGUGGAGCAUGAUUGCAGAGCCCAUACUCUAUGACAUGGCCUACAAAGAUGGAAGCCUUAUCAUUCAGAAGGAGGGUUAUUACUAUGUCUAUUCAAAGGUUUUCUUCUCGGAGGGGGGCACAUUUUACCACUCUGUCGAUAUGAAUACUCAAAAGUAUCCUGGGAAAAGUAUCACCCUCCAGAGGUCCAGGAAAUACCCCUCGAAAAAGAGCGAACAACAAUCCAACAGUUACCUGGGCGGAGUGUUCCACCUUUACAAAGACGAUGCUCUGUUAGUGAGAGUCCGCAACACCUCGAAAAUCCAGCGACACAAAUCCUAUGAGAACUUCUUUGGUGCAUUUAUGAUUUAAAUAUCACACAGAUCCUCAUCAUUAUUACAAAGUGAAAGCUUUGACUCAUCACUCUCAGUUUUACUCUGUCACUGGUACAACUUUGUACAUAUAAGGCGAUUUUGGUACUCUCCCCUCAUUACCCGUGUGUCUGCAUUAUGCAGAAAUGUAUUGUGCAUUACUCUCUGUGUUGUCAGAACUUCUUUUUACUUUCUGUUUCCAAUGUCUACAGAGAAAUUGAGACAAAGGACUUGUAAUGUAUUGCAGAGAGACUUAAUCUCACUCAAUUUCCACGAAGCUAAAGGUUUGGAGUAAGAAUGUACAUAAUUUAAAUUAAUUUCUAAAAUGUCUCAUCAUAGAUGUUAAAGAAACUCAAUUAACAAAUUUUCCUCCAAAACUCAAAAUAACCUGUUCUUUUCGUCCUUGCUGUAACACGCACUUUCGCACCAUUUAUUUAUUAUUCCUGCAGUGGCAGAGCGAAUGACAAAACUGCUUUUAAUGAUGUUGUAUUGUUGUACAAUAAUGUCUAGAAAAUAAGGAAAUAAACAGAUAAUCAUGGAAAA